CAUGAGUUCAACAGUACCCGUUCGCUUCAACUUGCCUCCCGGCUCGCUCCCCCCCCCCUCUAAAGCCUUAUUCACUCGACCACCAAAGCCUUACAACUACUUUUAUUAUCACUACUUUUUUUAAUAAUAAAGUGAGCAUUAAAAAAUAAUGUAAAUCUGUGGUAGCUGAGUGUAUAAGGCGUAAGGGGUUGAUGCGGGGUAGCGGGCCGGGAGGUAACGUCAAACUUUAAGCGAACGGGUACAAUACAACUCCCGUUACCCACCAAUUCUGUUCCAGGAUAGUGGGCACCAAGAACAGCCGGGUCUACGACGUGGCCACGCAGCACAACAUCACCAUCGUACCCCAAGACCCGACCAUGCUCUCGUACCACUCCGACGGCUCGCCGGUAGACUCCCAGCUGGUCGACCAGCUUCUUCUUCAGAUCGAAGAGGGGCCUAGUCCAACGGAGGGUCAGGGGAAUUUCACCACGAGGAAAAUAAUGGAAGAAAUCACAAAAAGUCAUCCCCAUUUACUUAAGGACGGAGAUUUCACAUCUGGAUUACUGCAGUUCCUGAACCUGUAUGUGAAUUACUUGGAGGGUUCUAGUGACUGGAACGAUGUGACUACUGGGGGGGAUUACGAAGAUUUGGAAGGCCACAGGUCCGUGAGCUGGGCUCGGCAUGGUUACAACACCUUCUUCGAUAUUAUGUUGAACAAAUACAACGGUGGUCCGGGUCUACCCAACCUGGACAUAAAGCUGAACAAGGAGGCGCGGGUCAUCAGGGCCCCGCAGCAGCCCAGCGAGCGCGUCACCAUUGAGUGUAGCGACGGCAGCUCCUACGAGGCCGAUAACGUUAUAGUCACCGUGUCCCUCGGGGUGCUCAAGGAAAAAUAUUCUACACUUUUCUCGCCGCCUCUGCCCGAGAACAAACAAACAGCCAUUGAGAAAAUAAGCAUGGGCGUACUGGACAAAAUCAUGUUACAGUUUAAUGAAGUUUGGUGGCCGUUGAAUGUAAACAGGUUUGGAUUCAUAUGGAAGGGAGAGGAUAGCAAGAAAGUACCGGUUACAGACCACUGGGUCACCAAGAUUAUAGGGGCCCACCGGCCCGUGGGGUCCAGUAACGUACUGAAUUUAUGGACCAGUGGGGACAUUGCUAAGGAGGUUGAAACGCUUCCAGAAGACCAGGUGAAGACGAAAUGCGUAGAACUGCUCCAGAGGUUCAUGGGUAACACCCUCAACGUCACUGUACCACAGCCUGCCGCUAUCAUCAGAUCAACCUGGUACACGAACCCAUACACCCGCGGCAGCUACACUUACGACAACAUCCUGACUCCGCAGUACCCAGACGCGCGCGAUUGGCUCGCGAGGCCGCUCGUGGACUCUUCAGGGGCCCCGCGAGUCCUGUUCGCCGGCGAGGCCACAAGUCGACGCCAUUUUGGCACUGUGCACGGCGCCAGUGAGACUGGUCACAGGGAGGCCAUGCGAUUGGUCAAUAAGAGCUAUAAGAACUAAUUCUCAUUAUAGUUUGAAUCUUCUCAAAUGAUUUUUACGUGGCACGCACUCAGACACAAUGGCCACGCGCUCGCGUAAAAGAAACAAUGGCUUUUGUUUAACAGAUUACGGUCUUUGCCGUAAAAAUCAUUUGAGAAUAUUCAAACUAUAUGACCAGCGGCAAACUAUUAUCUUUCUGAAUUAUGUAAUAUUUGGGAUUCAAAUAAAUAAAAUAAAUUUU